CUCGAAAAUCACACGUGAAUUUAAAAAUAUUCCUUGGUAAUUAUUGCAUAUAUCUCCGCAAAUAAUGGCAGAAUUCGUUCAACAGAGAAUUGAGGAAAUGCUCCCAGAGUUGGAGCAGAUGGAAAGAGUGAAACUAUUCACAAAAGAAGAGGCCAGGAGUAUCUUAAAGAAAAGAAAAGCAUAUGAAUACAAACUGAGAAGAAAAUCAAAGCUAAAGGAAGAUUUCUUGCAAUAUAUACAGUAUGAAAUCAAUGUGCUCAAUUUGGUGCGAAAAAGGAGACAGAAAAUUGGAUACACAUUCAAGCGUGUUGAAAUAGAUGUCGCCAUAGUACAGCGUAUCCAUAAGCUUUUCCAGCUUGCUUUAUCGAGAUUCCAAGAUGAUGUUAAACUGUGGUUAUCUCACAUACAGUUCAGCAAACAGAGAGGAGAGAAGGCAAGUGUCAGCAGAAUCUAUAACCAAAUGCUGCAGAUACACACAAGAAAACCAGAAUUGUGGAUCCUAGCGGCAAAAUGGGAAAUGGAAGAUGCCUUAUCGACAGACAAUGCUAGAAACUUCCUCCAGAGGGGGCUACGGUUUAACCCAAAAUCAAAGGAGUUAUGGCGAGAGUCCUACAGAAUGGAGCUCCUAUAUGCAGACAAGUUACGAAAACGAAGCGAGAUUCUUGGUGCGAUGAAUGAAGAGGGUCCAAGUGACGCAGUUCUUAAAGGAAUGGUGGCUCUUAUUGUCUUCCGCAAAGCUGUCGAGGAAUUUGAUGAAGAUAUAGAAAUGUGGCUCUCAUUUUUGCCAAUUGCCAGAUUGUUCGAUUUCACCCAACCACAUCAGACUGAGAUUUUAAACUUUGCCAGAGAGCGACAUGGUGACAAAGAGGUCACAUGGGAAGCUGUUGCUAAGCAACAUUUGGCUGCACAAGGAGCUAUCAGUAGAAAGAUGGAGCAAAGGUGUUGUAUGGUGUUUGAAGAGGCUGUCAAGAACAUACCUACAGAGCAUAUGUGGGACUUGUACCUGGGAAUGUACCUAGAGCUUCUGCAAACUCAGACCAAGCAUCUGGAUAUGAGGGGAGCAAGGUUUCUAGAACUGUGUGAGAGAGCCUCCGAUAUUGGUCUUCUAUCACAACAAAUGGCUUUGCAAUGGAUAGAGGCCACUUCAAACCUUGGUAAAGUUGAGUCACUUUUGCAAGUGUGCUCUAAAUGUACCAAACAACACCCUACAUCUGUACAGCUGUGGACACGUCACCUAACAGCUGUGGCAGAGACACUUGUUAAUGAAGACACACAACAGAGUCUCUUUGAUGUGUUUAAUAAAGCUUUAAAACUUGUAGAUCCAAAGGAGAGUCUACCUCUGUAUACUGUAGUAAUCAACUGGUGUCUGGCUGUCAAUUCUUCUGAGAUAGAGCAAAUAUUUAAGAGAGGCUGUGAGGCAUGCAGGGAGGUGUCCGUAAUACUGAAAGAGCAGUAUUUAGAAUGGUCAGCACUAACUCAAGGAAUACACACAGCAAGGAAAGUCUAUAAUGGUCUGAAGUCUCAGAAACCUUUAUCCGUUGAGUUUUUCCUUUGUGCAGUGAGACUAGAAAAAAGCCAGGUGGAGCCACGGAUCAAGAAUCUGCGACAAAUCUACGAUGAUGCACUAUCAGAGUUUGGGGAGUCAGAAUCAGGAUUGUGGUUAGAUUAUAUUAAAAUGGAGCUAGAGCACCCCAAAGGACAGCCAGAGAAUGCUAGUAAACUACAUUGGAGGGCAGUAAAGACUCUGACGGUGACAGAUCGCUUCAUGACAGAAUACACCCUAUUACAAACUGGACAUCUAGACUAGAAUUCAUAUCCAAGAAAAUUUGAUAAAUCAUGUAAUAAUAUUAUGAAAAUUACAUGAUGUAGAUAAUCGAUCACUUUAACAUUGAUAGUAAUUUGAAACUCAGGUAUCAUAAAUUCAACAAUGGAGGAAAAACUGAGAAAUUCAGAAGAUAUGAAAAGAACUGAAUGCACGCAUCAAGACAC